AUGAGAGCCGUUCAAGCAAUCCUCUUCUUCUCUGCAGCCGUCGGGGUCAUGGCCGGGUGCCAAAAAGGAACCGAAAGCUGUAGCCACAGCAAUGUUAGAGCUGCCGAAGGGGGCUUUCACAAUAGCUGGAAAUGUGAUGAAGCAGAUGAGAAACCUUGCAAUGCUGAAUGCAUGGUUACUGGUGCCGUGGCGGCGGGCCCGAACCCUGGUUUUGACAAUGAUCUAAAUCAAAUGUUGACCACGAUGUGUUGCAAAUGUAAGAUACAGCUACUUGCAUAUAUCAUUGACCCUCAACAUUGUCGCUAACAUGCUCCGCAGGUUAAAACAUACGCAAAGAUAAGAUAUUGCUGGGGGAAAUACUAGGAGCCUACCAAGUCCAACCGCGCCAAAGUCCUCCGUUACGACUGGCUAUGGCCAUGGUAUGA